ACAACCUUCACAGACUAGAAGAAAGAAAUAGUACUAACAAAAUGUUGAGCAACGUCGGAAAAUUUGUUCGUAGCAUGUCGAGCACUGCCGGCAAAGUUAUUCGUUGCAGAGCUGCUGUGGCAUGGGAAGCAGGGAAGCCAUUAUCGAUCGAAGAACUGGAUGUGGCGCCACCAAAGGCAAUGGAGGUUCGUCUGAAGGUCCUCUUCACCUCUCUUUGCCACACGGAUGUUUUCUUCUGGGAAGCCAAGGGACAAACCCCUCUGUUUCCUCGCAUCUAUGGCCAUGAAGCUGGAGGGAUUGUGGAGAGUGUUGGGGAGGGUGUGACGGAUCUGAAGCCUGGAGACCAUGUUCUACCAGUGUUCACAGGGGAAUGCAAGGAGUGUCCCCACUGCAAGUCGGAGGAAAGCAACAUGUGCGAUCUCCUCAGAAUAAACACUGACCGGGGUGUGAUGAUCGGAGAUGGAAACUCUCGGUUCUCAAUUAAUGGCAAGCCCGUAUACCACUUUUUGGGUACUUCCACCUUCAGUGAGUACACUGUGUGCCAUGUUGGCAGUUUAGCUAAGAUUAAUCCUUCAGCUCCUCUUGACAAAGUUUGUAUUCUCAGUUGUGGAAUCUCUACAGGUCUUGGUGCAACCUUGAAUGUUGCAAAACCGAAAAAGGGUUCAACUGUGGCUGUCUUUGGAUUGGGAGCAGUAGGCCUUGCUGCUGCAGAAGGGGCCAAGAUAGCCGGAGCUUCAAGGAUUAUUGGUAUUGAUGUUAACCCCAAAAAAUUUGAUCUAGCAAAGAAGUUUGGUGUUAAUGAGUUUGUGAACCCAAAAGAUCAUGACAAACCAAUUGAAGAGGUCCUUGCUGGGAUGACUAAUGGAGGAGUUGACCGCAGCAUCGAAUGUACAGGAAAUAAUGCUGCCGUGCUGUCUGCAUUUGAAUGUCUUCAUGAUGGUUGGGGAGUUGGUGUACUUGUGGGUGCUCCAAGCAACGAUGCUGUUUUCAAGACCCACCCAGGGAACUUUUUGAAUGGAAGGACUCUCAAGGGAACCUGCUUUGGGAACUACAAACCAAGAACUGAUCUUCCAUCAGUUGUAGAGAAGUACAUGAACAAGGAACUUGAGCUGGAGAAGUUCAUCACCCAUGAAGUCCAAUUCUCGGAGAUCAAUAAGGCCUUUGACUACAUGCUUAAAGGAGAAGGUCUUAGAUGCAUCAUCCAUAUGGAAGGGAGGCCACCCAUGACCAAAAUUAUUGUAGGUCACUCCACUUCAACAGAGUCAUGUUCUCAGUUAGAAAAGUCAUUGGCUUAUCUAUCAAGCUGUGAAAAAGAUUCAAUAGAAGACAAACAAAUCCACUAUCUGUUUUACAUCAAGCAAUACAUGAAAUAUAUUCCCAUUGAUGUGCCUUCUCUCUUCUCUCCUGUUUCUUCUGGUGCUUCAGUCCUUCUGUUUUGGUGGUGGUGCAAAGAUAAGGUCAGCCUAAACUCGAUUCUCCAUCUCUUCUUCCUUUUCUUUCAACUCUUCAUCUUAUCCAUUGACGAUUCUACUGCCACCACCAAUGCUGUCACCAACGCUGCUGCCACCACCGAUGUUGUAGCUGCCAUUGUUGCCACCGGUGAUGAAGCUGCUGUGGCAUGGGAAGCAGGGAAGCCAUUAUCGAUCCAAGAACUGGAUGUGGCGCCACCGAAGGCAAUGGAGGUUCGUCUGAAGGUCCUCUUCACCUCUCUUUGCCACACGGAUGUUUUCUUCUGGGAAGCCAAGGGACAAAUCCCUCUGUUUCCUCGCAUCUAUGGCCAUGAAGCUGGAGGGAUUGUGGAGAGUGUUGGGGAGGGUGUGACGGAUCUGAAGCCUGGAGACCAUGUUCUACCAGUGUUCACAGGGGAAUGCAAGGAGUGUCCCCACUGCAAGUCGGAGGAAAGCAACAUGUGCGAUCUCCUCAGAAUAAACACGGAUCGGGGUGUGAUGAUCGGAGAUGGCAACUCUCGGUUCUCAAUUAACGGCAAGCCCGUAUACCACUUUUUGGGUACUUCCACCUUCAGUGAGUACACUGUGUGCCAUGUUGGCAGUUUAGCUAAGAUUAAUCCUUCAGCUCCUCUUGACAAAGUUUGUAUUCUCAGUUGUGGAAUCUCUACAGGUCUUGGUGCAACCUUGAAUGUUGCUAAACCGAAAAAGGGUUCAACUGUGGCUGUCUUUGGAUUGGGAGCAGUAGGCCUCGCUGCUGCAGAAGGGGCCAGGAUAGCCGGAGCUUCGAGGAUUAUUGGUAUUGAUGUUAACCCCAAAAAAUUUGAUCUAGCAAAGAAGUUUGGUGUUAAUGAGUUUGUGAACCCAAAAGAUCAUGACAAACCAAUUGAAGAGGUCCUUGCUGGGAUGACUAAUGGAGGAGUUGACCGAAGCAUCGAAUGUACAGGAAAUAAUGCUGCCGUGCUGUCUGCAUUUGAAUGUCCUCUAUUCCCUUGUUAUCAUAUUCAUUAUCCUUGUUCGAUCUUCAUCAAUUUAUCUGAACCAUUAAACUCAUCUAAGCUUACCAUAAAAUCUACGGUCUCUGAUAUGUGAUUUUGAUCAAUGACAUAAAAUACUUUCUUGAAGGGUUGGGGAGUUGGUGUACUUGUGGGUGCUCCAAGCAAUGAUGCUGUUUUCAAGACCCACCCAGCGAACUUUUUGAAUGGAAGGACUCUCAGGGGAACCUGCUUUGGGAACUACAAACCAAGAACUGAUCUUCCAUCAGUUGU